CCAACCUCCACCGAAUCAUAUCGUGUUCCCAAGGACACACAGAGCGAAGGGAAAAUAAUAAUAAUAAUUCCCGAGACAAGAUCCAUCCUCAUCCUGAGACUCCCAUAUCGCAGAUACUGUAAGAGGGAGCACCCCUGUUGACCUCGUAAUUCCUAACAGACAAACAUGCGAUCUCAGUUCUCAAAAUUGCUUCGCCAUGCGGUGCAGCCUCGCCGUAUAUACAUCAAUUCCGUUCCCGGUGCGAUGAGGUUACGGAAAUGUACCCCGUCGCCAUCAGCAGACCCAUGGCCACCACUCCGGGGCUUUAGCGCUUCCCCCUCCUGGCCUUCCGGGUCCGCAGCGUCGAACCCACAAAUGUCCUUCCCAUGCCUAGACGCUGUAGAGUCAAGGACCCAAGAGAUUGUGUCCCGGUCCAUGACUAAUGGUCCUGAGCCUUCUUACACGACCGGUGUUCACAAGAAGUUCACGUCAAAGGACCCGCUCUUGCUAGACUAUGGCGGGAGACUGAAGGAGUUCACCAUAGCCUAUGAAACCUGGGGCAAUAUGAAUGCGGACCGGUCCAACGUAGUGCUCCUCCACACUGGUCUCUCCGCAUCCUCCCAUGCAAAGUCCAACGAGGACAACCCACGCCCUGGCUGGUGGGAGAAGUUCAUAGGUCCUGGCUUGGCACUCGAUACGAACCACUUUCAUGUGAUAUGCACGAACGUGCUCGGGGGCUGUUACGGAUCCACAGGACCGGCCAGCAUCGAUCCCGCGGACGGGAAGCGGUACGCCACGCGAUUCCCCAUCCUGACUAUGAGUGACAUGGUCAGGGCUCAGUUUCGCUUGCUGGACGCACUCGGCGUGGACAAGCUCAUGGCAAGUGUCGGAGCCAGUAUGGGCGGCAUGCAGAGUCUUGCCGCCGGGGUCUUAUACCCCGAUAGAAUCGGCAGGAUCGUGAGCAUAAGUGGUUGUGCCCGAAGCCAUCCCUACAGCAUUGCAUUGAGACAUGCUCAGAGACAAGUCCUGAUGGCCGACACAAACUGGAACCGCGGCUUCUACUACGGCAAGGUCCCACCGCACCUGGGCAUGAAGCUAGCCCGGCAGAUCGCCACAGUAACCUACCGCUCGGGUCCCGAAUGGGAACAACGCUUCGGCCGGCAGCGCGCAGAUCCCUCCCGCCCCCCCGCUUUAUGUCCUGACUUCCUGAUAGAAACCUACCUAGACCACGCUGGCGAGAAGUUCUGCCUAGAAUAUGACGCCAACAGUCUCCUCUACGUGUCGAAGGCAAUGGACCUCUUCGACCUGGGCAUCGCGAACCAGGAUAGCAUCCGCGAGUUGCGCCAGAAGAGCAAGCACAAACUCCUCGAGGGCUAUUCCAGCGACAGUGAGCACGGCGGCGGUGAGAAUGAGGGCUGCUCCUUGGCCUUGCCCAGGGCACCGUACACCGAGCAGCAGCUAAACAGAGAUUCCUCCCAGACCGCGUCUAGCGAUGAUGACGCAGUUGUAUCCGACGAUCUGGUACUGGGAUUGUCCCCAAUGAGGGAUAUCCCAACGUUGGUUCUCGGAGUGGAGAGCGAUAUCCUCUUCCCCGCCUGGCAGCAGCGUGAAGUCGCCGAUACCCUCCGCAAGGCUGGUAAUACCAAUGUCAAGCAUGUCGAACUCGGCCAGGAUGUCAGCCUCUUCGGUCAUGAUAGUUUCCUGCUAGACAUCAAAAACAUUGGCGGCAGCGUCAAGUCUUUCAUGGGGGAAUAAAUUGGCUUCGUUUCAAGUUUGAGUAUCUGGUUGGUUGGUUUGGGCUGCCUGAUUUUUACCUUUUUUUGCUAUUAUUAUUUUCUUCUAUGAUACUUCACUUUUGAUCAUUUCAUUUGUAACUGGAGUUCAGUGGUCCCGGGGUGAAAUGAGAGUUAAAACAAGCCCAGUGCCGUACAUA